AUGGCCACCUCUUCGUCCGCCCCCCACCUCCCCAUACCUUCCAAAGGUGUUGACUUCAGGGGCAAAGUCGUCCUCGCUCCUAUGGUGCGCUCGGGAGAACUUCCAUCGCGUCUACUGGCUCUCAAAUAUGGCGCUGAUCUUGUCUGGGGUCCAGAAACCGUUGAUAGAGCAAUGAUUGGGACUGAACGGAAAAUGAAUCCGCGAACGGGGUGUUUAGAAUGGACACGAAAUUCUAACAGCAACCCAUUGUCAAGAAUGCCUGCGAGAGAGGCCGUCAUUUAUCGCAUCGAUCCAAAGAGAGAAUCGUCACAACUCAUCUACCAGAUUGGUACCUCGAACCCCGAUACCGCUGUGCAGGCUGCUAGUCUUGUUGCGCCAUAUGUAAGCGGAAUUGACGUCAAUGCUGGUUGUCCAAAACCGUUCUCCACGUCAGGUGGAAUGGGUGCUGCACUUCUGCGCACUCCUGACCUUCUUUGUAGCAUCCUAACCGCCUUGGUCGCAAAGGUUGGCACGCCAAACGAAAUCGGCAUCAGUGUCAAGAUCCGACUUCUUGAGACGCCGGAAGCAACAUCAUCCCUCGUUAACCAGCUUUGCAAGACCGGAAUCACCGGGCUGACUAUCCACUGUCGCACCACUCCAAUGAGACCACGAGAACGUGCAAUCAGAGACCAGUUGAAGAUGAUUGGCGACAUUUGCAGAAAUCAUGGUGUUGCGUGCCUGAUGAAUGGAGAUGUCAAGUGUCGAGAAGAGGGCCUUGCUCUGGCGCAGGAAUAUGGUAUCGAUGGAGCAAUGAUUGCUACUGCUGCGGAGGCGAAUUCGUCCGUCUUCCGCUCCAAAGACAACGGUGGACUUGCACCGUGGCAAGAUGUGGUGAAAGAAUACUUGCAGUUGGCCAUGAGUGUCGAGAAUAAGUGGGCUAAUACAAAAUUCCUCCUUUCACAGCUCAUGCCGUCAAAGAGUCCUGUAUUUCAACCCGUGCAAAUGUCUCGGAGUCAUUGCGAAGUAUUGGCCCUAUUGAAUAUUACCAAUGCCGAUAUCAUCAAUCAGGCUGAAGAAGCUGACAGAAUCCUUGGGCUCGAUGUGCCUCGAAUUACGAAAGCCGAUGUCAAACGGCAACACAAGCAGGAAGCAAAAGAAACCAAGCAGAAGAAGCAGGCAAAGCUAGCGAAGCGGGCUCUGGAGGAGGAUAGAAACCGCAAAAGAGGUGCUAGUGAGGAGCGGACUAAGAAGCAAAGGGCCGAGAUUGCUGCUGAAAACGUUGGCUUCGACGGAAUAGGACAAGGUGCGAUGGCACUUGCAGCGUGA